AUGGGUCAAGGAAUGAGUGAAGCAGUACCUGGUGUCUAUGUCACAAGUGCACUUGUGGCUCGACAAGGCAAAAUACUUGAUGAAUUUGGUAUUACUCAUGUUAUUUCAAUUCAAGCAAAACCCAUCAGUCCAUUUAAGCAUCGUGAAUAUCUUCUAAUCCAAGCUAAAGACCAUAUAUCACAAGAUCUAUUACAAUUUACAGCACAAUGCAAUGAUUUUAUUCAUAAUGCGCGACUUAAUCAAGGCAAAGUGCUCAUUCAUUGUGUGGAAGGAAAAAGUCGAAGCCCAUCAAUUGCUUGUAUUUAUUUAAUGACUAUCACAGGAAUAUCAUGGUCAGAUGUGAUCAAUAGUCUUCGUGGUGUACGAACACUUGUUGAUCCUAAUUUUGCAUUUCAAAGACAACUGAAACAUUUUUAUGAUCAACAUAUGGUGAACGAACGUGAACGAUUAUUUUCAAAAUUUGGUUUAUUCAAUAUGAUCGAUAAAGAUAUUUCGUUUGUUAUGAAAAAUUUAGCGCUGUACAAUGAAGAACAACGACGUCGAUUAACAGGAGAUUUUAGUGAUGUAGACAAAAUAUAUUUACUAACCAAAAACAAUUCUACGGCUUUGCCUUUGGAUAACAUUGCUAAAACAGAGAAAGUUCAGGAAGCUAAUUCUGAUCUUAAUCAAUUUUUUCCAAAUUUAGAUUUACGUCCCAUGACACCCGAGUCUCAAAAUCUUCUCGAUGAAAUGUUUUCUUCUUAA